CAAGUUGGGGCUUGUCUACAGCUGAGAGAGGCCAAUGAUCUAAACUUCCUCAGUCUGCAGAGCAGCAGGUUGGCUGCUCUGAACCCAUGCUGCAACUCUCCACUGCUACCAGCCGACAUAAGAGACACUCAGGAGGAAUCUUAGAUCAGAAGAGCCUGCAUCUGGCUCUUGAGCUCAACGAAACCACUCACAAGAGUGACUGGUGCCCAUUCUGAGGCUCUCAUCCGGUGGGAGUGUGGUGGUCACCAUGGCAACCACCGAGCCUCAGGGUAACCUGGGAAAGCUGAGGUUUGGCCCCAGUGACAGCCUGAUCGCUAUGUUCAGGGCCUGCUCCAGAGAUCCAACCGAGGCCAUUAAAGCCAGACUGAGACGUAUGCUGCACACAUUUCUGCAACACCACCGGGACAAUGCAGGAAAUGAGACGACCAACGAGUUGGCAGCAAAGUGCUGCUGGGAAGCGGGGAUCUGGUAUUACAGGAUCCUGGAGAACCACGCCAGCCAAGAGAGGAAAAGACUGGGCAUCAGUGACAUCUCAGCCAUCUUGGAGAAUGAUCUUUUCCACUGCUGUCUGGUGGCCUGUUGUCUGGAGAUGACCAUAUCCUCAAACCGUCUGCCUUGUGACUUCCCUCUGCUUCUUCAGAUCCUGAAACUGGCUCCAUACCACCUCUGGAAGGUGAUUGAGCUGGUGUUGCGGGCUGAAGUGGGCCUGCCUCGUGCUGUGUUCACACACCUCGCCCAAGUGGAAGAGAAAGUGCUUGAAAGCUUGGCCUGGACCUGCGACUCACCGCUGUGGGAAGAAAUCAGACCCAACGAGGGCCAUCUGCCGACCUGCCAACAGGUGAUGCCUCCUACACAGGUUGAAGAUCCAAAAACUACAGACUUGCAACCUGACGAAAACCUGCCAGCAGUUAUCUUGUUGUCAGCCGGUCUCGGUUCGGGAGCUGACCUGUCUGCCGGCACCGACCAACAGCAUUCCCCGUCAGCUGUGAACAGGCCUCGGAGAUGCAACUCUCUCCACAUGUUUGCUCGUAAGGUUUACAGCCUGAUGGGCCGGCGUCUCAGGGAGCUGUGUUCCACACUGGACAUUUCUGAUGAUCUGCGGUUGAAGAUCUGGACCUGUUUUGAGUACUCUUUGGUCUACUGCACUGACCUCAUGGUAGAUCGUCACCUGGACCAACUGCUCAUGUGUGCCAUCUACAUCAUUGCAAAGAUUACCAAGGUGGAGAUACCCUUCAAACACAUAAUGAAGUGCUACAAGUCUAAGCCACUUGCCAACAAAAGUGUCUGCAAAAAUGUGCUGAUUUCCGGAAGAGACACAGAAAAUGAUCUCACUGGAAACAACAAUAAUGGUGACCAAAGCGACGGUAUCCUGACCCCCAACACACCAUCAACACAUUAUCCGGGACUUUGUCAGGAGGAGAGGGGCAACCUUAUUUACUUUUACAACCAGGUCUACACAACAAACAUGGAGCACUUUGCCAAGCAGUUUGCCCCGACCCCUGGAGGAGACACCCCUCCUUUGUCUCCAUACCCCAGACAGUGGAAAGUAUCUCCUCGCAGGCGCAGGCUGUCCCCCAGCUACCCCAUCUUCAUUUCACCAUACAACCCAGAAACCACUUUACCCCGUACAUCCGGACUCUGUUACUACUUCAACUCAAGCCCCCCAGAGCGUCUGCGUGAGAUCAAUAACAUGGUCAGGACGGGCAGGUCACCCAACAGGCGAAGCUAUGGGGUAUCUUUGGAUAGAGAAGAGGAGGAGGAAGAAGUAGGGAUGGAGGAAGAAGGUGGUCCUUCAGUAAAGAGGCUUCGUUUGGAUGAGUCAGCCUGGCAGAGGCGACUAAGGAAUGUGGUGAAUGAUCGAGGGGCAAGAAGGGACCAGGAAUAACCCUCUCCAGUUACAAAGCCGAACCUGCACUAGAGCAGAGAGGAGUCUCACUCUGCUCCUGUUUCUGAGACUGUAACAACAGUGUUAAAAGAGCAGCACAGAGCAGUAUUGUCUUUGCCUUCCAGUCUAAGCUAAAAUUAUUCCUUUUUUGUUCUGCAUUAUGUCUGACACUUACUGUCCUUGAAUAAGGCACUUAGCCCUAAGCUCAGUGGCCAGUGGUAGGAGAUUGUCAUUGUCCUGGGCAGCUUUCUGGUGGAAAUGUAUGAAUUUGAUGUAGGGCAUAGCUGGAAAGUGCUCAGUUGACUUUCCUUGGAUAAAUAAAGGAUAGACUGAGAGAGGAUAAUACAGUACCAGCUGAACUGCAGUUAAAACAGAGGGACAAGCUUGUCUGCCCCUCACAGGGUUCAUGGGGACGAGCUUCACCAUGUCUAUGGCCUUCAUGAAUACUUGAUUGUAAUUGACUAGAUUCUGAUUAAGUGAGGGGUGAUACUAAGUGUUCAUUGCAAGCCACUCUAAAGCAAUUUUUAAUGUGUUUUCCUGUUUUUAUCCUCUAAUGAUGCUUUCCUAUCUUUUAAAAUGUUCCAAUAUUCAAGUUGAAACAGUUGAAAACAGUGAAACUUGAUUCUUUACUUCUUCGCAGGAAUGAAGGGAAAGUGAAGAAGUUACCAUAGCAUUAUUAAAGUUUAUUCAAUGGUACUUGAAGUAUGUAGAAACUAAGCUGUCUGAAUAAUAAUAGUUUCACAUGGGGGGCUGCAUAGUUUUAUUGACUGAUUCCGGGGUUUUCCCAACUCACUUCCUAAAUAGAUAAUUUUACAUUUUUGUAAAAAAAAAAUUAAAGAAUUUUAAAAAAAUCUUAAAACAUGUAUGGAUAAUCUUUAAUUAAAAACAAAAAUGUUGUUAAAUCAAAAUCAUGUAUUUGUUCAAGUAAACAAUAAACUCUGAUACAUACAAGCAUACUGUAUAUAACAAUGAUCUCGUAUUGGUGUCCUAAAAACAUUCUGAUUAAAUCAUUCUCUUUGUUCUGUGGUGAAAUUAUCACAGACUUUACCCCCAAAGACAGUUUGGACUCUGGACUGAAUUUCCACUUUAUACUGUUUGUAGUUCUCUGUUCAAAGGGAGCUGGUUUACACUCAGCAUUCUGGCCUCACUCUAAUUUGCUCCCUUUUAUAGAAAGCUAAUGAGAAGCAACAAGGAAACCUGUUUUUACUUGGCAGAGCAGCACUAUUGUACCAAGUGACCAAGCAGCAAGGGACUCACUGACAUCAUCUAUGGUAUAUACUGUUCUUUUCAUUUUUCAGUUUCACUCUCCACCUUCAUAUAAAACUAUGUACCUACCAAACUAAUCAUCAACAGUUUUGUUCCCCUUUUACUGUACCAUAAGAGUCAGUGGGCCUAUAAAUAAGAAUGUGCUCUGACAUUAGCUGAAUGGUGAUAUAUACAAUUUAUACAUUCCUCUGACUAAACGAAAGCAGACACUCCCAUCCAGUUGGUAACCAUGGCUGCCCUGUGAUUGACACACAAUCCCCCUCAGUGUUUAUUAGUUACCAUGUUUUGGCACGCGACCGAGUUAAUUCUCAACCAAUGUUGCUUAGGAGGUAAUUACCAAAAGGCAGCACGGCCAGCAGACAAAGGCUCAUAAAAAGAAACCAACACACAGUCAGGUGCCCAAACUCAACAGGAAGUCUCAAGGUUGCCAUAGAGAACAAAGGCACCUGAGCCCACAACACUUAUACAGGUUUUAAGGUUAUGACCGGUGUUUUAACACUCAAUAAGCCUCUGGACUCCCAUCAGCUCAACAGUGCACUAUAGACUCUCGCCAAAUCAUGGGUUGCAACACAAGCCGGGGCGCCACAGUGGUGGACCCUUCUGAAAAGCCUGAGGAGAGGCCGAAGACAGCCACUUCCACCAAGGAGGCGUCUACAGAGGAAAGCAAUGGAACAACAGAGAAAAACAAGGAAGAAAAAACUAGUUCCAGUUCCAGCUGAGUGCCAUCUUUACACCUCGUCCUAAACUCUUCUCAAAAUUGGCCUGUCCGGGGUGAAGGAGGGCCUGUCAGCAGGAGGAGGCGACGCUGCACUACUGUCCAUCAACCUCUGUGUCUUCUGGGCCAGCCACACACAGAAAUGCACACACUUCAGAAAAAAAAUCCAGCUCGUGUAUUCAUAUUUCAGAAACUAUUUUGUGAUAAAUACUGAUUCAAACACUG